UAAUCUUUCAUUGACUGAACCAAGGAAUCUAGAAACGAACUUCCCAUCAGACCUCACCAGUUUACAAGACACGGAAUGGCAACUCCAGCAAGCCUCACCACUUCGAAUGGUCCCCCAUCAGAUGGCCCCCGGAUCAUCCUCGGAAUCGACUAUGGCACGACCUAUACGGGCCUCGCCUGGGCGCAGAAACGAGGGGCUCAUGAUGUGAUCUCUGUCGAUAAUUUAAAUGUCUUCAAAAAGUGGCCAGCCCGCAGCGAGUCAAAAGUCCCAUCCGCAAUAUCCUACUCAUGGAGCCCCAAUGGAUGUGCUCAAUGGGGAUUUGACAUAGAUAAUGAUGCAAAAAUCUUCAAAUGGACCAAGUUGGAGCUAACAACACGCGAUUCGGUGAAGGAACUCAAAGUUCUCCUAGAUCUCAUGAAUGGACUAGAAUUGAUCCAGAGAAUGGGCAAGGAGAGCGAGGAGGUCGGAUCAGAGGAGGUCCCGGAUCAUCUGACAAAAAGUCCUGAGAAUGUCUUGACCGACUAUCUAAUGAAACUAUCGAGAGAGUGGUAUGAACACAUGCACAGUGGCGGAAUUAACACUCUUGCGAAUGUACCGUUGGACCUGGUUAUCACACAUCCCGUAAACUGGUCCUACGAGGCCUUGAACAAAACGUACAGAGCAGUUAUGGCAGCUUUCCCGAAGAGAAUGUAUGGAGGUUUACGACAUGUUUACAUGACAACCGAGCCAGAAGCCUGUUCGACAUAUACAGUGCAAGAGCUCCUGAAUAAUAGAACGAACAAAUUGAUUCCAGGCGACUGUUUCGUCUUGUGCGAUGCGGGUGGUGGAACAGUAGAUGUCGCAUCUUAUGUUGUGGAGAGCCUCCAGCCUUUAAAGCUGACUCGAGUCGGAAAUUUGAAAGGCAGGGAGUGCGGAGCCACUUGCGUGGAUCGAGAGUUUUUGGAGUGGUGUUCCAAAAAUCUUAAAAGAAUUCCGAGGAAGGACAUAAUCGAAAGUGACUCGACCUCUGGUGGUCACUUUAUCGUAAAGCCAACAGGGAGAUGGCUCCUGGAUGAGUUUGAGAGGAACAAACAUGCGUUUAGUGGAGUUGAGAGUGCCGAUAUUGAACUUCCAGAGGAUAUUAAUGAUGCUUCAGGAGCACCAGAGGACGAUGACAGUGAUUCGGGCAUGAUAUCAAUUUCCACACAAGAGCUACUAUCUAUGUUCCACAGUUCUGUUAUGGGUACCGUCGAACUAAUUAAAAAGCAAGUCAUUGAAGUGCGCAAGCUCACAUACGGAGGCGGACCCUGCCAUGUGUCUACCAUUUUUCUCGCUGGUGGGCUUUCCUUAAACCCAUAUUUGGUGAAUAAAGUUAAGGCUUUUGCGCGGGGAAACGGAAAUAUUCUGGUUUCUAAACCAAAAGAUGGGUGGAGUGCUGUCGUACAGGGCGCUGUACUGACGGGUGCUGGGGUUGGAACUCAAAUUCCCCCCAAAGUGAGCCAGGUUCCGCGCUACUACGGGAUAUGUGUGAACCAGGUGUAUGAGGAUUUCAAGCAUGGGGACCGUGCGGACGUUGUCAUCGACAAAUAUCACGGCAAGCGGAUGGCUCGGGAUCCCAUGUCCUGGUUGGUUAAUCAAGGCGAUUUGAUACUCCCUGGGAAAAGCAUCACGAGGAACUUUGCAGUCUUGUGCAAGUUCACCCCCAGAGACUACGAGGCCCAGGGUGUCGUUCGAAUCACUUUCGUCGCCGCUCGCGCUGAUCAAGGAGCCCCAACAAGGUUAUCAGACAUAUCCAAAAGUACCAAUACUGUCAAGUACAUGGAUGUUCCGGUAACAACGUUCGACAUGAAGUCGCUUUCCCCUGAGAAGUUUGCACAGGGAAGAGGGAAAUACUUCUCUGUGCGAGUGAACGUCAAGAUUCGUGUGUCUACUAGUGUCAAGGUGGAUAUUGAGUACAAGGGGCGAAGUGUAUAUUUGUACGAGUCGUCACUGUAG